AUGUCCGGCUCCGGGCGAAAAGACUUCGAUGUGAAGCAUAUUCUGCGCCUCCGCUGGAAACUCUUCAGCCACCCGUCUCCGUCCCCAGCGGGCCCGGCGGGGGGCGGCUGCCUGCAACCGGACGGCAGCGGCAGCUUCGAGCACUGGGGGCCCAGCCAGAGCCGGCUGCUCAAAAGCCAGGAGAAGGGCAGCGCGAGCGCUUUCUGGAAGAAGCCGUCCUCCUCCUCCUCCUCCUCCUCUUCCUCCUCCUCCUCCUCCUCUUCGCCGUCCUCCUCAUCAUCAUCCUCCUCCUCCUUCAGCGCCCUGAAUGGCACCCUGCUGCCUGUUGCCACCAGGCUGCAGCCAGGGGCUCAGGGGCAGGGCCCCCAGCAGCCGGCCAGGACUCUCUUCUACGUGGAGUCCCUGGAGGAGGAGGGGGUGCCCGGCAUGGACUUCCCUGGACCGCGCCAACAGGGGCUGUCCCUGCCGGAGCUCAAAGUGGAGCUAGCCAACUCCAGCCAGGCAACAGGUGAAGGAGGUGGACCCAGGCUGUCCACAACCAGCCACUCACUGACUCCUCAGAGUGACUUGGACUCCAGUAGCUCUGAAGAAUUCUACCAGGCCGUCCACCAUGCUGAGCAGACCUUCAGAAAGAUGGAAAGUUACUUGAAGCAACAGCAACUCUGUGAUGUUAUUCUUAUUGUUGGGAACCGAAAGAUACCUGCACAUAGGCUUGUUCUGAGUUCCGUCUCUGACUAUUUUGCUGCUAUGUUUACAAGUGAUGUCUGUGAAGCCAAGCAAGAGGAGAUCAAGAUGGAAGGCAUAGACCCUAAUGCCCUCUGGGACCUUGUUCAAUUUGCAUACACAGGGUGCUUGGAAUUAAAGGAAGACACCAUUGAGAACCUGCUCGCUGCUGCGUGCCUCCUCCAGCUCCCGCAAGUAGUGGAAGUGUGCUGCCACUUCCUCAUGAAGCUGCUGCAUCCGUCCAACUGCUUAGGAAUCCGAGCAUUUGCAGAUGCCCAAGGAUGUAUUGAACUGAUGAAAGUGGCCCACAGCUACACCAUGGAAAACAUAAUGGAAGUUAUCAGAAAUCAGGAGUUCUUACUCCUUCCAGCUGAGGAGCUUCAUAAACUACUGGCCAGUGAUGAUGUAAACGUGCCUGAUGAGGAGACCAUCUUCCAUGCAUUAAUGAUGUGGGUCAAGUAUGACACACAGAGGAGAUGCAAUGAUCUGAGUAUGCUUCUUGCCUUUAUACGACUACCCCUGCUUCCUCCACAGGUAAUUGCAUGGUUGGAGGUUGGAAGUGUUCAGUCUAUAACACUACAUAGAACAGAUUCAUUUUGCAUUAAGCUUAUAUUUGUCUGGCAAAGAGUUGUGUCCCCAAUACUUAUGAAUGUGACCUUAUUGGAAAUGGAUAGAUGCAUAGAGGCAGACAAAGAGAAGAGAACUGCAGAUGCAGAUGAAGAGACAGACAGUACAAUGGCAUAUGAAAAACCAGACUUGCAAGUUUUCAAAGUAAAUCAUCGGAUUGCUCAUGCUUGGAUGAUGAAGAUAAUCUAUUAUGAUAAAAUACAGGCUUUCAGAACAAGAGAGUGGUGUGGGUGGGUGAUGGUGAUGAUGAUUUAUUUGAUUUUCCAUGUGAGACAAACUUCCUGUGACAGCGAAAUGGAGCAAGAGAAUUCGGACCUCCUUGACCCAGGAGCUACAACCAUAGAGAAAUAUGACCUCAGAACGAAUUUAUGGAUCCAGGCAGGGAUGAUGAAUGGCAGAAGGUUGCAGUUCGGUGUAGCUGUUAUUGAUGACAAACUCUUCGUAAUCGGAGGUCGAGAUGGAUUAAAGACAUUGAACACUGUUGAAUGCUACAAUCCCAAAACUAAGACUUGGACUAUCUUACCACCAAUGUCAACACAUAGACAUGGCUUAGGUGUGACAGUGCUUGAAGGGCCUAUUUAUGCCGUGGGAGGCCACGAUGGCUGGAGCUACCUGAACACAGUGGAGAGGUGGGAUCCUCAGAGCCAGCAGUGGACGUUUGUGGCUAGUAUGUCCAUAGCUCGGAGCACGGUCGGUGUAGCAGCACUGAAUGGCAAAUUGUACUCAGUUGGAGGUCGUGAUGGAAGUUCCUGCUUGAGUUCAAUGGAGUACUAUGAUCCUCACACAAAUAAGUGGAACAUGUGUGCCCCCAUGUGUAAGAGGAGAGGAGGUGUUGGAGUGGCCACUUGCGAUGGCUUCCUCUAUGCAGUAGGAGGUCAUGAUGCACCUGCUUCCAAUCACUGUUCCAGGCUCCUAGACUAUGUAGAAAGGUAUGAUCCAAAAACAGACACAUGGACCAUGGUGGCUCCCUUGAGUAUGCCCAGAGACGCCGUUGGUGUGUGUCUCCUCGGUGACAGGUUAUAUGCUGUUGGUGGCUAUGACGGGCAGACGUACCUCAACACGAUGGAAUCGUAUGAUCCACAAAGUAAUGAGUGGACACAGAUGGCUUCCUUGAAUAUUGGAAGAGCUGGUGCAUGUGUGGUAGUCAUCAAGCAACCUUGA